AUGGUCCAACUGUCUACUUCAGUCUACCUGCUGGGAGGCCUUUUGGGCCUGUUUCCGCUAUCACCUGUUCUAAUGGCCCCGACACCAGCCAGCAUGUGCACACCCUUGAGGACGCUCAACGACAGCCUCAGCCACAGGCGACGGUACAUGAAGCACAACUUCCCCAUCAACUACACCAUCAGGGUUCAUCAUAAGGAAAUCUUUAAACUGUCAGACAUCAACAGCAUGAGGUUACAGGUGGAGUGGUUGGAUGAACUGGUUCUCCAGCGGUUGUGGUUCCAGGUCAACCAAGGCGUGUUAAAAAAGAUCAUCAGAGUUAUGCCAGAGAGACACCCUUCACGUCCAUACACCACUGAGUUGGAAAGACGCUUUAGGGAUGCGGAGGGGGUCUUUGUACAGUCACAUCCCACUGAGGUGUUCCAGCAGGAGCUUCCAGAGACUAUCCAGGACACUUGGGAUCAUUUAACAGAAGAAACUGACAGAGUGCCAAAGUCCAGCUGGCGAUUUGCUUCACCGAAGUUUCUCCUGGACAACUUCUGCCACACCAUGCACUGCCUCUUCAGUGAGUGCUUUGCCAGCACAGAAGGGCAGCAGGACUACUGUGCUGUUUUCCAUUCGAGGAAAGGCAGAUAG